AAUUUAAAUGUAAAGUCAAGUUCAGUACUGAUGGAAUCUGAGAAAUUUUUUAUGAAAGAGAAAGCUUACCAGUGUAUUGAAUGUGGGAAAGGCUACACUUGUAUUGCAUCCCUUACCCAGCAUCAGAAAACACAUAUUGGAGGAAAACCUUAUAAAUGUAAAAUAUGUGGUAAAUCCUUCAGCCGGAACACUAAUCUUAUUCAACAUCAAAGAAUACAUACUGGAGAGAAACCUUAUGAAUGUAAUGAAUGUGGAAAAGCUUUUAGUCAAAGUACUAACCUUAUCCAACAUCGAAGAGUCCAUACUGGGGAGAAACCUUAUGAAUGUAAUGAAUGUGAAAAAGCUUUUAGUCAUAGGUCAUCCCUUAGAAAUCAUGAGAGAAUUCAUACUGGAGAAAAACCCUAUCCUUGUAAUGAAUGUGGGACAGCCUUCAGCCAUAUUUCAGCCCUUACUCAACAUCAUAGAAUUCAUACUGGAAAGAAACCAUAUGAGUGUACUGAAUGUGGGAAAACUUUCAGCCGCAGCACACACCUUAUUGAACAUCAGGGAAUUCAUUCUGGGGAGAAAUCUUACCAGUGUACGGAAUGUCGGAAAGUUUUUUGCCAUAGCACAUCACUAAUACGACAUCAGAGAACUCACACAGGAGAGAAACCCUAUGAAUGUAAUGAAUGCGGGAAAGCCUUCAGUCAUACCCCAGCCUUCAUUCAACAUCAGAGAAUUCAUACUGGAGAGAAACCCUAUGAGUGUAAUGAAUGUGGAAAGGCCUUCAACCGGAGUGCACAUCUUACUGAACACCAGAGAAACCAUACUGGAGAGAAACCCUAUGUUUGUAAAGAGUGUGGAAAAACCUUCAGUCGAAGUACACAUCUUACUGAACAUCUAAAAAUUCAUUCUGGUGAGAAACCCUAUCAGUGUAAUGAAUGUCAUAAACUAUUUUGCUAUAGAACGUCAUUAAUUCGGCAUCAGAGGACCCAUACAGGAGAGAAACCCUACCAGUGUAAUGAAUGUGGGAAAUCCUUCAGCUUAAGCUCAGCUCUUACUAAACAUAAACGAACACAUACAGGGGAGAAAUCCUAUGAAUGUAAUAAAUGUGAUGAUGGGCACAAUGUAGCUGCCAUCCUUGAAACUGACUAUAUUGGCCACAUUGUUUAUCAUGUCGACAAUUACAACAAUGAGGAAAAAUCCCAAAUUAUGGUGCUCUUUGAUCGCUGUCUCCAGGCCCGAGACAAUGCAGUGGCCUAA